AUGGAACGUCACCUGGAGGAUAGUACAUUGCAAAUUGCUGGGUCAGCGUCGUUGUUUUAUAUAAUCCGAAAGGUGAAUAUGAAUCGAGAUACGAAACGAAUGGUCGUUACGGCAUUGCUGAAUGGUAUGGAUGCACAUAUGGAAGAACAGGUGAUGGUUCGAAAUUGUUGUCUUUCGUUGUGCCAGUUCGAAAUUCCCCUCGAAAUUUUAUUCGAUUACGGUCGGGUGGCACGUCUUCUGGUGGCCGUCCUGCAA